GGUAUAAAAAAAAAAAAAAACUUCUGCUGGGUAAUCUACAACGCUUGUUUGGGACAGGAUUUUUUAAAGAGGAAAAAUUUUAUGACGGGCUGAGUUUCUGUGUUCGAAGGUUCUUGGAAGCAAUGACGGUGCUUAAAAGAUAUGUCUUGAGGCUAUUCAUGUCAAUUAAGUACAUAACGGCGAAUGUAGUGGACAGAAACCACGGAAGAGUGGUUGCAACAGCCUCAACGGUCGAGCACGCGAUCAAGAACUCGCUAGAGUGUGGCCGAACGUGCAAUGCAAAGGCAGCAGCCGUCGUGGGAGAGGUCUUAGCCAUGCGGCUCAGAGUGGAAGGACUCCAAGACGGGCAAGGACGAGGCAUCCACGUCGAUGUCAACAAGGAGAUCGAGAAGAAAGGUUUCAAGAACCGAACUAAGGUAUGGGCCGUUGUAAACUCCAUGAGGAACAAUGGUGUUAAACUCAUUCUUGAAGAUGAUGAUCAUGGUCAUGAUCAUGAACACAAGAGCUCUUUCCCGGGUUAUCGAUGAUCUCUUAUGAACUUUCUAAUCGAUAAAGAAAUUCAAAAAGAAAGUUCCAAGA